UUGGGAGACUGCAGGUGAGCUGCCUAUAAAUGCAGCCAGCAAUGCAGGGAAGUUUAGAAGCCUUAUGAGCACCCGCUGAGCAUUAAUAUAUUAUUUAUAAGAGCGUUACCUGAAAUUUUUAUUCUAAAACCUGAAUAAAUUAUGUGGACUCCACUGUUAUUUGGAAUAAUUGUCAGUUUCUUGUCGGAGAUCGUCGUGGAAGGGAAACAUUUGGGAUGCUAUCAUGAAUGUGAACAUGGGUUCAACAAAGUCCAGCAAAAGUUGCUUCGAGCCUUGCAUGUAUCCCAACACGCACCACUACCUCCCGUUAACCAUGCAGCGGUCUCCUGUCCGGCUUUCUUGAGCGAGCUGUCAGGUCACGAGCGCUCUUCAUUAGGGCGCAACAAGCGCUCACUCGCCCCCUGGCGGAUAAGAACUGUGCAUAAGCCAGAUAUGUUGCCCCAAACAUAUGAGGAAGCAGAAUGUUUGUGUGAUGGAUGCAUCAUUAACGGCAUUGAAAACAUGAGCUACAACUCUGUACCUGUAGAGGAAAAUCGAUUAUUUCUGAAGAAGGUCAAGUGUCCAUUUGACGAGAACAAAUACUCUUUAGAGUACGAAUAUGUGAAAGUAACUGUGGCCUGUACCUGUGUGGUCCCUAAACAGUAAUCUCGUAUAGAGGACAGUAUUUACCAAAACCCGUAGAGACGUGUCUCGUGUACUGUUGUGUUUGUUUUAAAAUGCCAUUUUUGUAAGUGACUUACUUUGUUAGAUAUGCUUAUAAUUAUAAGCUGAAGAGGUUGCAUGUUUCACAUGACUUUCACAUUGCUUUUAACCCACAUGGACUUUCUUGAACAGAAGACGUAUUUGUAUUAUGGUAAAACACUAAUUUAUAUUGGCUUUUUAUUUAUAUAAUAAUUUAUUGACUAUUUAUUUAACUUAUGUGUGAAUAUGAAUCUUGUGCCUGACUGAAUCAGGCAAGGACCUCAACUCUGUCAAAAACAGAAACAGUGAUACAAAAUGUAUCUUAUAUUGUGAUGUAAGAAAUGUAUUAGAAUGUUUUGUUUCCAUAAACCUUGUAAUUUGUCCUGAUGGUAUUAUAUUUAUAUAGUGUAAAACUGAAUAAAAUCUAU